UUUUUAAGGUUUAUUUGUUGGCUGUUUUUCUAACGAAAACCAUCUGGAAAGACUUUAUGAAGCCGCUCUGAAGGUAACACUAUUCCUUCAAUGGAGAAAGUAUCGAUCCCUGAACGUAAAGUGUGACGUUGCAGCAGCGCGUUUUAGCGCUCCGAGCCGCUCGCGGCUCUUCGCAUCCUCCAAGUCCGCGCGGGUCAGUUGCCGUGGCAACCAAGGAUGACCCCGGACAUGUGACUUGGGUUGGCCGCGGCACCGCUGCUGUUUCUGCUCCACACACACACACACACACACACUGACAAAGCGCGUGUGUGUGUGUGUUCCCCUCGCAGUUGGUCUUAUACUACAGCAGACACCGCGGAGCUCACCGACUUUACAGAAACAAACCGACGCCAGGCAGCUUAGUUGGGCCGAGCAAGCAUGGAGCUCUCUGCGGCGGGAGAUCGCAUUUUCGCGGCGGAAGCCAUACUGAAACGCCGCGUCCGUAAGGGAAGACUUGAAUAUCUGGUGAAAUGGAAGGGAUGGGCAAUGAAGCACAGCACCUGGGAGCCAGAGGAGAACAUCCUGGACGACAGGCUCCUUCUGGGUUUUGAACAAAAGGAACGGGAGAGGGAAAUGCACGGACCCAAAAAACGUGGGCCAAAACCCAAAAACGUUGUGGCAAAGGGUCGCGGUCAGAAAGCAGAGCCCACCAGUCGCGCCUCCAGCAGCCGGCAGAACACGCCUCGGUCCUCCUCAACCGCUUCCAGUCGAGCAUCUUCCUCCUCCUCUGCUGCUCCUAAUGCUUUACCAUUCUCCUCCUCGUCGUCAGCGCCAGCACCUUCCCCCAAACUCAACUCUCUCGCGGCCACCCACAAGUUGAAGAAAGACAUUCACCGUUGCCACCGGAUGUCCAGGCGCCCCCUGCCUCGCGCAGAUCCCACGCGGCCCGCCUUUUCCAGUUCGAGUGGCUUCCAGUCCCGCAUGCACGUCUCCCCUUUCUCCGAGACCGUCCGCAUCCUGAACCGCCGGGUCAAACCCCGAGAAGUCAAGAGGGGCCGGAUAAUCCUCAACCUGAAGGUGAUCGACAAGCCGGGCAGGGGUGGCGGCGGCGCGGCGGGCUCCAGGAACGUGCAGACGGGUCGCCAAAACAUCCCGUCUCGUAAUCGCAUCAUCGGCAGGAAGGGGGAGGCCCCCUACAGACCUUUCCAGCCUCCUUUAAAGAUGCUGGGCUUCCCCAUGUACGGGAAGCCUUUCGGGCUGCAGUGUGGCGGGCCCAUGUCCUUUCACUCCCAAACGGGAUCCAGCUCGACUUCAGGAGCCAGGCACAGCAACAGCAGCUCUUCACAGCGCCAGGCACUGCCUCCUUCGUCUUCUUCUUCCUCCACCUCCACCAACGUCACAGCUAAACACCCUCAGCCUGCCACAGAAGCCUCCAAGGAGUCAAAAUCCAGUAAAUCUCCAGAAACCCAAAAUGCCUCAUGUUCAGAAGCAAACAAAAUCCUAGUCCCCCCCUCUCCGUCUCCAUCUUUGGAAGAUCAGGACGAAGAUGCCAUGGACUGCUCCGAAGCCUCUGAGGAAGCCAGAAGUCCUUGCCAGCACAAAGCUCCCUCCACGGUUUCUUCCGUGGCUCCAGAACAAUCCUCGCCCCCCCCUGAAUCCAAAAGGGUCCCCGCUGAGGGAGACCCCGACUGGCACCCGGAAAUGGCACCAAGCUGCAAGGACGUGGUGGUCACUGAUGUAACCACCAACCUCGUUACGGUCACCAUAAAAGAGUUUCCCUCUCCGGCGUCAGGGCCCGCCUCGCCUUCCGCUAGCGUGGAAAACGGCUCCACACCUCCUGCCGCCGCAACGUCCGAGGACUCCUCCGUCCCGAAGCCAUAAGAAAUCCAAUAAUACAAACUGUAAUGCCAUUUGGGAUAGAAAACUAUAUAUAUAUACAUAUAUAU